AUGACUUCGGGCCCGGAGACCCUUAACCGAGGGCUGGAGCCCAACGUUGAUGGGCUGCAAUGUCUAGAAAGCGCUGCGGCCCAAUUCGAUACAUUCCAAUCAAGGGAGGCCACUGAACGUUCAACGAAUGUCGUUGAUGUCCAACGGUCACCUCUUAGUUCUAAGUUACUAGCCCGCAAGUACAGACGCCCUGUACCGCCGCUACCGCCGCCGCCAGCAUCCACACAGACGUGUUUAUUUAAUGAAACCGGCAACAGCACCAGCGGCCAGCAGCAGCAACUACAACCGCCCGAACCACCCGAGCGGCACGGCGUCGACGCACACCAUCCGGCUCACAAUCAAUUUCUGAGUCAGCCGCAACCGACCCUUGGCGUCGAUGGCUCGCCGGCGCGAAGACGCAGUCUAACUCCCAGCCCACAGCGUCCCCCAACUAUCUACGUGCCCGAGAAUCACAUCCAGGAGCAAUACUCGCCCGACCCACGCCGCUUGAGUAAAGUCUUCGAGCUACCGCUGAUACAGGUCGACGAGGCGCCGCACGAGCCGAGUCAAGACCAGCGCACACUCACCAAGGAGAAUCACGGGUUUCUCGUCGGUAAGCUUACGCGCUUUCUCAACAAGCGCACGCCGAGCCCCUACUCCGAGAAGAAGGUACAGUUCCUUGAAGUCCCCCAGCCCUCCGACCCCAGUCUUCCGCCCGCCUUCGAAUCUCCACCUCCUCAAGUUAACUACUCUUCGAUACCGUCUAUCCCGUCCUCGUCUAAGAGCAAGAAAACUUAUAGUACUCUAUCGGACGGCAGCAACUAUUCACAAACACGCGGGCCUAUCACGAAUGUCAUCAAAACCGUCACCAAGACCAUCCUCAACACCAGCCCGCAUACUGUUGUACUGAAAGAAACCAAACGCUACGACGUUAUAACCACCCCACCUGAAUAUAGCGUUGAUUUUGAAGAUCUACAACCGCCCCAAGCUCCCGUGCGAAAGAAAAAGCGCAAACUCCCCGGGAUACUUAAGAAAAGUCAGGAGAACUUAAUUGAUCCCGUCGCCGAGGAGUUUAUACGACGCAAGUCGGUCAACCUUGAACACCUCGAAGCUCUGCUACCAGAGCAGGAAGAAGAACGCAAGUUCUUUGACCACGUCCGCCGCGGUAUCAAGAAAAUCCGCGAGCCGCGCAAUCGCGCCAAAAGCAAGUACAUUUCCGGCAGUCGAUCCACCGACUGCAGCCCCAGCUUAACCCUCACCCAACGCAUUCAAUCGGGUUUCGCUAAUUUCAAGAAAAAUCUCAGUAGUACUAGUCUAGAUCGCAGAUCCAACGUCUCUAGCUCCAGCUACGACUCCACCAAGGAUUUCAAAGACUUUGAAGUCGAUUCUGACACUGGUAAAGAACCACCCUCCAAAGAACCAUCCAAAGGUCUUCUGCGCAAGUUCUCAUCGCGCAAGAAAGACGAGUUUAACAUCCGCACGUUUGAAGAGUUACCGCCGCCGGCAAUACCGCCACCUAGUCCCAAGAGUUCCGGUCUAACUCGCGCGUUCUCAUUUAAAAAGUCAACGAGUCAACCGCAAGUCGAGCAGGAACGCUUAAUAGGCGAUGCACCUCCUAGUCCGAAACCAUCGAAACUAGGACGCAAGUUUACCUUCAAACGGUCGCAGGACGAUAAGGAGCUUGCACGUAGCAACAGUAUUCGAAAGAAUCUGUCCAGCUCGAAUCUGCAAUUGAACGAGCGUAGUUUUGAACGUUCGCAAUCCGCGCGUGGUUUAAGACGCAACCGCUCCACCGACAACCUUCGCGAUUCUAGUCCGCAAGCAAGACUUAGAAAGACCUCGAUUACAAAUCAGGACUCUCCCAAAGCCCCACCAAAGGAUAAUACCAAAGAUAAAAAGGCUUAUUUUGUUGAUACCACAACUGUGACGAAAACAAUCAACGAGUAUUUCAAGAAGACGAAGUACUCCCCACCGCCGAUACCGAUUUAUCAACGAGCGACAACUGCUGCUUCUCCUCCAGCUGUUCCACCACCUUCAUCAGGUGGUCCACGACCAGUUCUCAGCGGAGGACCAAUAGACAAAGGAAAACCCUCUGCGCCGAUUCCGGUAGCAAAGGAAGAAAUUGAAGAAAUCCCUGUUGAAUCACCAAAAAGUCUGGAAGUCACCCUGGUAAAUCCGGACGCAAGCCGGAUUGAGAUGACCAACGGCCCUACACUACGCCGAUUAUUUUCUGUAUACUGUACCAGCCCAACGAUGCGUCUCAAAGAGCGUUUCAUCUUCUUCGCGUGCGUAGUCGCCGUGUUGUUUACCAUGCUACUGGUGCUCGAUCUACAGAUGGAUCUGGGCAUGACCGGCAAACACCUUGCUAGUCAACAUGGGAAGAUCAAGUAUGCAGAUGAGGACGAUGCGCCCGGAUCAGCGUACAAUAGCUUCCGGAAAAGGUUCUUGCAGAAAACUCACAGUUCCAGCACAAAUGCAUCGAAAGAAAGCCUCCAGAGUGAUCAUCCGGGUGCCGGAGGCGGUACAGCCACCGGCGGUGCAUUCGAAAAGGUCCGCACUCGGCCGUACACCUCGACAAGGCGCACCACAACCCCGCAUGAUGAUUUCUCCGAUCUUACCGAUUACAUGCUGCUGGACAGCAACGAACGCGCCAACCAUCGCCUAGAGACCGAUCGUGAAUUCGCCGUCGUGCAUCGCGAUGGCUACGGAACGCAGAUCAAGGACGAGAAUCCAUCCCUCUCCGACCUGAUGAAGAUUCCCAUUCGGAACAACAUGAGCAUACUGGAGAAAUUCCAGCUGAGCAUCUCGAAGCGUGAGCUGUAUCCGAAGACCAGCGUCCUGGUUCCGCAGCUUCUAAAUUUGAUGGCGACGGAUGCAAUCCUUCACGUCGCGCAAAAGUCAGGCGGAACGCAGAUUAAACUCGUCAUCGACUAUCCGAACAAUGUCCAAUCUUUGUUCAAACCAAUGCGAUUCCCACGGGAACAGCAGACUUUGCCCAAUCACUUCUAUUUCACCGACUUCGAGCGUCACAACUCCGAGAUCGCCUCCUUUCAUUUGGACAGGUUGUUGGGAUACCGAAGAGCGAUGCCGGUGUCAGGUCGUCUGGUAAACAUGACGUCGGAGCUGUAUCACAAAGCGGACGGCGAGCUAUUGAAGACGUUUUUCGUGUCGCCGUCGGAUAAUCUCUGUUUCCAUGGCAAGUGCAGCUACUACUGCGACACCUCGCACGCAAUCUGCGGCAAUCCCGACAUGCUCGAGGGCAGCUUCGCCGCAUUCCUGCCGCCCAACGAGAUCGGCGCCCGAAAGGUGUGGCGGCAUCCCUGGAGGAGAUCCUAUCACAAGCGGAGGAAGGCCCAAUGGGAGCUGGAAUCUAAUUACUGCGCUCUGGUGCGCGAAAUUCCGCCCUACGACAAGGGACGACGUCUCUACGAUCUCAUGGACAUGUCCAUCUUUGAUUUCCUCACCGGUAACAUGGACCGACAUCAUUAUGAAACCUUCAGGGAAUUCGGAAAUGACACCUUCACGAUUCAUCUGGAUCACGGCCGUGGCUUUGGCAAGCCGUUCCACGACGAGCUCUCCAUCCUGGCGCCGCUGCUGCAAUGCUGUAUGAUUCGCGAGUCGACGCUCACCACACUGCUCAACUUCCACAACGGCAAGCCGCUGAAGCUGAGCGAGGCGAUGCGGAAGAGCAUGGAGGUGGAUCCGGUGGCGCCGAUCUUAUGGGAGCCGCACCUCAAGGCGCUGGACCGCCGCGUCGGCAUCAUCCUCCGCGGCAUCCGCGACUGCCUCAGCAAGGGCGACGAGGGCGGCGAGUCCAACAACGACGUCGAGGAUGUCGACGACAACAACAUCAACAAGCAGUAGGCGGCCCCCCCAUCGCCGGUCGCGCACAAUGAAUCAAUGUACAAACCACACGCGCAACACACGGAACGAAAUCGAUAGCUAAUUUACAUUUGUUAGGUAGGGAAAUCACUCGAGACGACUCAAUCCAAACAAGGCUAGUUGUAUUUGUAAAUACGCUGUACAUAAACUAUUUAGAGAAAUCUUUUAACAACUUGUAACACAUGUCGCAACUUGAUUACCCUUGGAUGUACCAAUGAAAAACCAGAAGUCACUUUUAGUUUUAUUUAGUUUCGAAUUAGUUUAGGAACAAUUCACUUACUAGCAGAAAUAUUUACCGAUAUAUUAAGUCAUAGCUAUUUUAUUUGAUAUCUUAAAGUGAUUUGUUUUGCCAAAAAAUAUUUAAUUCAAUCUUAUUUUAAUCGAUUAUUAUUAUUUACUAGUACUUAUUUUAUUUCUGAUGAAUAUUCCUUUUAAGUUAGUUAAAUAUAAUUUAUACAAAUGGGGUAGAAUUAAAUUUUAACAUGACGAUCGUCGGAUAUCAAGCGCUAAUCGUUUCAAUGAACUUACUUAAAGGUUGUAAACAGUUGUAAACAUUAAACUAUUUUUUGAGCGAACACUUUAUACACAAUUCGAUGGAAACGACCGAUGAGGAAUUGUGCAAAUCUCAACUAAGAUUAAUGAACAUGUAUAAAUGUAAAUGUUACUAUUAACGAUUAGCCACUAUGCUAAAGAUACAGAUAUUGAUACAUAAAUUUGUAAUAUAUGUAUAUCAUAACAAACAACUAUAUACCAUAUAAAUGUGACUUUGUAUUAUGAUGAAAGCUUGUCGGAGUAAUCCGACAGCGGUGAAACAUUGUAUCAAUCACCAUCUACCAAACUAAAUAUAAAUGUGAGAGAUAAACAUGUGAGAAAUAUGCCAAAGCGCUUCAUAUUAUGUUUGUACAUAGAACGCUUGUUGUGUAAAGCCGUCGGACGGCACGGAAGCAACGCAGGUGACCAGCAGCAUCAGCUGUCAAUACUGAAUCGCAAAUACCACGCCUGUGUUUGGUUGUCGAGACGAGCAGUUAGCGAUUAACUGUCAUCAAUUUGCUUGUAAGUGGGUGGAACAAUGUAAUACGGCCACAGAUGAAGUAAAACCAAACCAUGCGGCACUUAAAUGGAACUAAGCUAGAUAGGAGAUAAAGCUAAGCGGUAUAUAAAUAUAACUAUAACGAUAACGAUAACAUGUGAUGAAAAUGAUGAUAUUUAAAAUAAAAGUGAUUGAAUAUUGAAA